ACAGUUUGCAGGGUCUUUUCUGAAGCGCGCUGCGUGCAUGCGUGAGAGGUGCCGUUUCCACCACUCUAUGUCUGAGGAUGGUUAACUCCUCUCAUGCCAAAGGCCUGCCCGUUGGAAAUUUAGUAGGAAGUUAACUAUCCCAUUUAAAACACCACAGCAGGAGGAGUUAACCUGUAGCAAAGCAUGUGGUUAAUCUUCUCUGUGCUCAGCCACGGGCUUCAAAGUGCUCCCUCACAGGUUCCUCUCAGCCAGUCCGGACUUCACUUUCUCUAAACGGAGCACAACUUCACACUGAGGAAUGAAAAUAUCUGUGUCUAAGAAGCUGUGGUGCGUCCACAAACAGCUAAUCCUUCUGCUCACCCCACUCGUGUUUCUGCCUUUACUUUUUACUCUACCGGAGAAGGAGGGAAAAUGUCUUUAUGUGGUGGUGCUCAUGGCUGUGUUUUGGUGCACGGAGGCCCUCCCUCUGGCUGUCACAGCCAUGCUUCCAGUCUGCCUGUUUCCAACACUGGGAAUUCUUCCAGCCAAAAAAGUCUGCCCUCAGUACUUCAUCGAGACCAAUUUUCUCUUCCUCAGUGGUCUUGUGAUGGCAUCGUCUAUUGAGGAGUGGGGUCUGCAUCGCAGAAUAGCCCUAAAGGUCCUUGGUAUUGUUGGAGUAAAACCAGCCUGGCUCAUAUUGGGAAUGAUGCUGACCUCAUCCUUCCUGUCCAUGUGGCUCAGUAACACUGCCACAACAGCCAUGAUGCUCCCUAUUGCAAAUGCCAUCUUGGAGAGCCUUUUUGGUGACCUGGAAAGCCUGAAACAAAAGUGCAAAUCUGUCGAGGAUCAUGAGAAUGCCGUAAUAAAUGGUCAGUCUAGUGUAAAACUGCAUUCACUGCCCUCAGUGCCAUCAGAAAAACAAAUAAUGUCAAUAGAUGGGACGGAUACACCUGAACAGAGUGACCUGAUGACAGCAGAGGAGAUUCGAGUAGAGGCACAGUAUCAGCUCAAAGUGUGGAAAGGAUUCUUGAUAUGUAUCCCUUAUGCCGCCAGUAUUGGAGGAACUGCCACACUGACGGGCACAGCACCCAACCUCAUUCUGAUUGGACAGCUGAAAAGCUACUUUCCUGAUUGUGAUCUUAUCAAUUUUGGCUCUUGGUUUGCAUUUGCUUUCCCACUCAUGCUCUUCUUCCUGGUUUUGGGAUGGCUAUGGAUUGCAUUUCUCUACGGGGGAUUGAAUGCAAGAUUGUGCUUCGCGAAAAAUGACAGAAGAUCCCAGGCAGAAGCCAAAGCCAAGGCCAUGAUAAAGGAAGAUUACAGAAACCUAGGGCCCAUAAACUUUGCAGAGGGAGCUAUCUCUUUCUUUUUUGUACUGUUUGCCAUUCUCCUGUUCACAAGGGAUCCAAAGUUUGUCAGCGGCUGGUCUGUGUUUUUUAAAAAAGGGUACGUCUCAGAUGCAGUCACUGGUGUCAUCAUUGUGUCUAUAUUGUUCUUCUUUCCUUCACAAAAACCUUCUCUGAGAUGGUGGUUUGACCCUCAAGCUUCAAACACUCCUUAUGUGCCCCUGCUGUCAUGGAAAAAAGCCCAGGAAUCUGUUCCCUGGAAUAUCAUUAUGCUGCUUGGAGGUGGCUUCGCCAUGGCCAAAGCUUGUGAGGAGUCUGGACUUGCAUCCUGGAUCGGAGGCCACCUCCAGCCUUUGGCUCAAGUCCCUCCUGCUGCAGCUGUGAUGUUGAUCACUGCUUUCCUGGCCUGUUUUACUGAGUUUGCCAGCAACACUGCCACCAUUAUCAUAUUUCUACCUGUCAUUGCUGAACUGGCUAUUCGUGUUUCAGUGAACCCUCUGUACUUCAUGAUACCUGCAACAGUAGGAUGUUCAUAUGCCUUCAUGCUACCAGUGUCCACACCACCCAACUCUAUUGCCUUUGCAUCUGGACAUCUCAUGGUCAAAGACAUGGUGAAAACUGGCUUUGUGAUGAAUAUCCUGGGUAUCCUCUCAGUCACUCUGGCAAUGAAUACAUGGGGCAUUGCCAUGUUUAAUUUGAAUACUUACCCUGAAUGGGCUCAACCAAUUAACAAGUCUGCACUUGUAACCCACAUGCACUUCUCUGUGGCCCAAUCACUCAAUGUCACGGUUUGAUCACACAUCUGAUUUCAGCUUGAAGGUAUAAGUGUCAGAAGAGUGAGCAGGGAGGAAAAACUGAAGUACAUACAGUUAUGGUCAGAGGUUUUGUAAACUCUUCAUCGGCAUGAAUGUCAUGGUAAUUUGGGGCUUUUAGUGAUUUCUUUGAACUGUUAUUUUUCCUGGUGGAAUGAAUAUACAGUAUACAUCUUUGACUCUAUAGAAUACAUUUUUAAUUACUUUAAAAAACAAGAAUUGGGUGCGCAAGUUUCAAUAUAUUUUGUAUUUUCUGGAAUCCACACUGGGUCAAAAGUAUGAGUUAAAUGUCCCUUAGUAAAUUGCACCUCGACAAGAUGCUUUUGGUAGCUAUCAGCAAGCUUAUUGCGUAAUUCUGACUGGAUAUUUGACCACUCUUCUUGUCAGAAUUAGUUCAUUUUAAAUUGGUAGGUUUCCUGGUAUGGAUCCAGCUUUCAAAUGUAGUCCCCAAAUUUUCAAUAGGGUUGAGGUUGGUGCUUUGGGAAGGUCAUUUCUGAAGCUUAAUGUUAGCCUGCUCUAAUUAUUCCAAAACCAGUUUUGAUCUGUUUGGGAUCAUUGUCCUGUUGGAAUACACAGGUGAGGUAAAUUUGAAGGUAUUCCAUCGACUUUGUGCAAUGUACCAGAACCAUUGGCAGGAAAACAGCCCCAGAGCAUGAUGGUACUACAACCAUGCUUGAUAGUUGGUCCAGUGUUCUCCCUCUCCUUUACGCCUCCAAACAUACCUCUUGUCAUUGUGGCCAAGUAGCUCAAUCUUUGUCUCGUCUGACCAUCAACCCUUUCUCCAAAAGGCAUUUGGCUCGCCCAUAUGGGCAGCUGCAAAUUUCAGUUAAGCUUGAAGAUGUUGAAAUGAGCUUCCUCUGAAGGGUGGCUGGCUCUAAGAGAUAUGGUGAAAAGUGCAGCCAUUUGGGAGGGGCUCAGAGUAAAGCUGCUGCUCAUCAAAAGGUGCCAUUUGAGGUGGUUUGGGCAUCUGACUAGGAUACCUCCUGGGCAUCCCAGGAGACGCUGGAGAGAUUAUAUCUCUCGGCUGGUCUGGGAACACCUUGGGGUUUCCCCGCUGAUGAGUUGGAGAAGGUGGAAGACCAGGAAGACCUGGCCUUCUCUGCUUAGGCUGCUGCCCUCGCAACCCGACCCGGGAUAAGUGGAAGAUGAUGGAUUGAAGGUGUCGAUUUUGGGGCAUGGGCUUCUUUCCUGGUCAGCACCCUCUCAGUCCAUGGCGAUGUAACACUCGUUUCACUGUGGACUGAUGCUGGUGUUCCAGCAGUUUCCAGUUAAUAGGAGGCUUGAUCCUUGUGGUCCUGGGUUGCUCCUGAACAUUUUAACCAAUUUCCUCUCAUAUGAGGGUGACACUUUGGGUCUUGUUCCAGAACUUAGCAAAGUGGUGGCAAAAUGCUGGUCAUAUAUUCAGCCAGAAUCUUGUUGAUGGCUACCAAAGGCAUCUUGUCAAGGUGCAGCUUGUUAAGGGACAUUUAACCAAACAUUAGUGGGGGUGUAUGUAUACAUGGGCCUGUGUAUAUAUACUUUUGACCCUGUAUGGACAAGAGAAAAUUCUAAAUAAAUUGAAACUGGAGUACCAGUUGUUUUUUGUUUUGUUUUUUAAAGCCAUUAACUCUAGAGUAUUACUGUUGGGUGAUGUGAGAGUGACAGUGUUCUAAAACACAUGUUAGCGUUCUAGGGUUGCUAGAUGUAGGUACAAUCAUUGCACACUGGAAAAAGAACAAUCAUUAGAAGACCAAAAUUUACCAUGACGUUCAUGCCCAUGAUGUCUGUAAACUUCUGCCCAUAACUGAGUUUCUGGCUAUGACAGAAACUCAGUUUUCUGUCAUAGCCAGAAAACUGAGUUUCCAUUGUUUGUGAUGCUUUUAAAAAUUUAUCAUGUCACUAUGUAUCUUUUUAUUCUCAAACAUCUCAAUUUUGUGCUGUGAACAGCUUUGGUGCAAAAAGUGAUGAAGUGAGUUUAAAGCUGCUGAAAUAUUUUACUCUCUGCUUUCUUAAAACUGAACUAGAGCAACAUUUAACCUCAAAAACAGCUUUGAGCACUGAAGAGUGUUUUAUAUUUUUAAAUAUCCAGUCUGACUGCAGACUCUGCUGUUUGUAUUGUUACUACAGGCUGACCUCUGCUGGAAGAAGGAAUGAGACUGUGAAUAACACUUUAAAGUGUAUAUAUAAUGGUUAAAAUCACUGAAAGAUUGUUACUUAUGUACCACAUGGCAUGUUUCAUUGCUAAAGCCAUAACACGUUACAUUUUAAAUCAAUUUUAUUACAUUAUGAAUCUAUAUAAUUUAAUGAAUGUGUAACUUUUGUUACAAAGUGAUCUGAACUCAUAUAUUGUGCUGUU